AUGCUCACUCGCAUUCCUAGUAUUCUGUGCAACACAUCCGGGUCUGGAAAGACCCGCGUACUUUUCGAUGGGCUUUCAAGUCUCUGGGGCUUCUAUAUCACUUCUGACGCCCAAGAUGGCUUUGGAUCGACAGAUCUCAAUUACACAAUGGAGACCGUCACGGGAAAACCUGAAUGGAUAGGCGACGUCUUUUCCGGGGCUUCAGACCCUCAUGACAUACAGAACCGAAGCAAAAUUAACGAAAUGAUCGUAAAAAUAGGCGUAUCGCGUAUACUCCUAGCCCGGUGGAACCUCUUGAAAAUCUUUAUCGAUGAAGCCAAGAAAUGUCAUGGGUCGCUACCUCCAGACAUUCAACGGACCUGGCUCUUAUUCCAAAUACUCCCCUCGACAAACGAUGUUUUCCUGCGUUUCAUCAAAGAGUACCUUGCAGAUGAAGUUCAAGCUGCCGGAGCGGCCUAUAUGGGUUGCUUUUCAAACCAGGACGGUUCAAAGAAAAGACCUUACCUUCGACCCCUAAUCCAGCAGCUCGCUACAUACCCAAAGCACCAUAUUAUCGUGUCUGGUACGGGCUUCUCACUGGAGACAAUCGAUAAGGUGGUCAGCGCUGGUGUUGCGAGGCCCACUGGCUGGCACAUUCAUCAUCGUAUGGAAGACUUUUCAAAUCAAAAGGACCAAGAAGAAUACAUACGGCAGUAUCUUCCACCAUCAUUUCUCGCCUCCGAUGUUGGUCGUGAAUUUAUCAAACUCAUGUGGGAAUGGUGUCGAGGAAGACCCCGAUUUACAGCAGAAUUACUUGAGCAACUAUUCGUCGAGCUGUGGCUCCACCAUGAUCCCGCCUCUCCACUCUCGUGGAUGAUUGAAUACGUUUCCGCUCUUACUGGGAGUCAGCCCCUCAAUUACAAUAGGGAGCUGGUCUCACGAGAGGCUCGAGUCGGGUCAAUGUUUCUUCUCUCGUUCAAAUGGGACAAGCUCAACAGUAGCACGUUGCUCUCUAGCCACCUACUACGAGUGAUCAUGAAGGAUGACCAAAGGGCAAUCGUCGAGUAUGGCCUGGGGAGCUUCAUCGCUACAGCCAAACAGAUAAAUUCCACUCAACGAUCGAUCAGCAUUGGCGAGCCCUUGGCAUUGACUAGCAUUUGUCGACACAUUCUGGGCGAUGCAUCGCUCGCGACAGUGAUCCUUACUCAUCUCGAAUUUAACCCUGGCGACGGAUUUGAAGCGCUUGUGAUGGUGGCUCUGACCCGACUUCAAAACCAAGUCUCCAUGGAAAGUUUGUUCGAUUUCCAUCAAAGGCAGCCAGAAUGGUCUGGCUUGACGGCGCAGAUCGUUUCCAUGGCAGGCGGUCUCCUUAUCGACUAUGACAGUAUCUUGCACGACGCGACCUUCAAUGACCAAGUUCUGCCACUUCGGGCCAAAGAUCCCGAAGGCGUGAUCAAGUGGUUAACAAGCGAUUCCUUGGCUGCUUGGUGUAUACCAGGCCAUAAAAUGGGACCGGAUCUCCUGACCCGAGUCAAGCUCAGUAAUGGUAGCACUGUUUUGAUCGUUGUCCAAGCGAAGUGUUGGGAAAUCGAGUCCUCAGAAAGACGUUUCCUUCCAGCAGACGCGACCGCGCAUGCGAUCCUGUCUGUAACGCCCUCAACGUGGUUCUCCGGUACCAUAACUUCAAACAUGAAACAAGCAACACAGAACAAGCAAUCUAAGAAAAUCCAUGCCAUGCUCCGAGAGAUCGGAAAGUAUGAGUUACUUCGAGUCGUUGUGGCGCUCCCGUUGGUUCCUGACCUGAAUUCAACAACUCGAGCAGUCAAGGACGCAAUCGAAGCGGACAAAAGCCUUCUUGCGACGAUUGGAAUAGCUCGUAUCGCCGAGGCAUUCUCUCAAAUCCCAAAGGGGCGUGACGUACUGCGUGUUCUGAAGAGGGGACGAGAUGAAGAAACCUCGGGGUCAUCUCAGAUGAAGAAGGUACAACCUAAGAAGGCAAGACAUACAGCGACUCCACAAAAAGUUCGAAAAUGA